AUGGUCAAACGAAAGAGAUCACGCGAGAGCGACCUGGAGCAGAAGCUCACGGAGGCGAGGAAGGAGAUCUUCCGUGCCUUGAAAGGCGCCAAGGGUCUCGAGCGUCAGAGGUAUAGCAAGCGCCAGCGCGACGACAAGUCUUCGCCCGACAAGAUCAAGAGGAUAGAGCGCGAGAUCCUGGUGUUGAAGUCCCUCGAUCUCCAGCAAACCGCCGACGCACACCUCAACGCCUCCAUCCUCAAGGUCAAGCAGCUCGCCGAGAACCCCGGGCUGCCCGAAAGCAUCAAGCAGGGCGUCCCGAAGCCGGAGCUGUCGGAAGAGGAGAAGGCCGCGCUGCACAAUGUCACGAGCGGGCUGUUCAACCGCGUACACGUCCGGGAGGCUGUCGACAAGGCCAUCCGGGCAGUCUGCUUAGUCCUCAACGUGCCUAUACCCGACAAGAAGAGGAAGGGCAAGAAGGGGGCUGAAGUCGAGGCGGAGGUCAAGACGGAGAAGGAAGACGAGCCCAGAGAGGCCAAGAAGGCUAAGACGGAUGAUGCGAGGGACAUUUCCACCAAGAAGACGCCAAAGGUCGAAGAGGAGGAGAACCCAUUCGACGAGAUGGAUGACGAGAUUCCUACGGAUAGCGACGGCGAGAACGACGCAGAGGACGCUGUCGAAGAGCAUGAUUCGGAUGAAGAGGUUGAGGAGAAGGCUCUUGAAAAGAUGGAGGCCAUGCUGGGCGGUUCGGAUGAGGAGGAGAGCGGCGACGAGGACAUGAAGGCCAAGUACAAAGCCCUUUUAGGAGAGGUCGGGGAUGGCGACAGUGCCGACGACGAGAGCAAUAGCGACGAGGAAGAAGAGGACGACGAUGAAGACAAGGACGUGGAAGACGAAGACGAAGCUAUGGACUCGGACCGCGAGAGGAGGAUCAACGCAGCCAACGUAUCCCUCUCCCCGUCGCCCCCACCAUCGCGCAAGAAGAAGGAGGCACGCGCGAAGAAACCGACCGGAAAGUCCGGCCAGACGACAUUCCUGCCGUCGCUUAUGGGAGGUUAUCUCUCGAAUUCUGAGUCCGAGGCGUCUGACCUUGACAUGGCGCCUCCGAAGAAGCGCUUAGGCCAGAAGCAGCGCCAGGCUAUCUGGGAGAAGAAGUUCGGCCAGAAGGCGAACCACGUCAAGAAGCAGCAGCAGCAGCAGAAGGCCCGUGACAAUGGCUGGGAUAUGAGGAAGGGCGCCAUCGAUUCCGCGGACGGCAAGGCUGGGAAUAAACCGUGGAAGAAGGGGGUAUCGGAUCCUCUUGGCAGACAGGAUCGCGGCAACCAAGGGCCGCAGGCUACGCGCGAGACAAAGCCGCCUCUCAAGAGGGAUGACGAGGGACCAUUGCACCCCACUUGGGAGGCGAAGAAGAAGGCCAAAGAGGCACAGGCUACGGCCACCUUCGCAGGCACCAAAAUCACUUUCUAG